AAAUAAACCCAACUCCUGCUCUGAUUGUCCGUCGGUGGAGAAUGUGACGGGUGAUGGGCCUUUACUACUAUUCUCAUUUCCCGAUCGUCAGAUCUCACACUUUCUCCUUCUCCUAAUGAAAUCCUCGUUCCAUUACAGUUCCCUUCUCAGCUUCAUUUAAGAGAGAGAGAGAGAGAGAGAGAGAGAGAGAGAGAGAGAGAGAGAGAGAUGGCCGUGGAUCAGCCUAGCUGCAAACCGGGGGUUUUGAAGGGAGUGGUGGGCCUGCUGGCUAUCUGCCUGGCUGUAUACAUCGUGGGGCCCCCUCUCUACUGGCACUUCACAGAGGGUUUGGCUGCUGUGGGCCGUGCCUCCUCCUCUUGCCCUCCCUGCGUCUGUGAUUGCUCUUCUCAGCCCCUGCUUUCCAUGCCCGAGGGAUUAAGCAACACAUCAUUUGCAGAUUGUGGUAAGCGUGAUGCCGAGGUGAAUGAUGACAUGGAAAGGAACUUCACCGAUCUCCUGUCAGAAGAAUUGAAGUUACGUGAAGCCGAAUCUCUGGAAAAUCAAAGGCGUGCUGAUAUGCAACUGCUUGAGGCUAAGAAGAUGGCAUCUCAAUAUCAAAAAGAGGCGGACAAAUGCAAUUCAGGGAUGGAAACCUGUGAGGAAGCCCGAGAAAAAGCUGAAUCUGCAUUACAAGCCCAGAAGAGACUCUCUGAGAUGUGGGAGAUGCGGGCUCGGCAACGAGGAUGGAAAGAAGGGACUGCUAGAAUCUCGAUGUUGAGAAGAGAACUUCAGGAAGUGUAAUUAGGAUCAGAUUCCAAGCAAAAAUAUAAUUGCAAAUGGUCUUCAUGUUCCGGCACCACAUGCUUUGGCAGUCAUUGAAAAGGAGUUGGGCAGGCCAAAUUCUUGUUGGGCCGUGCUUCAAAAAAGGCAUUGAGGUUGUUUACACAUA